AUUCAUUCGUUCUCAUUGUCAGCAAUAGAUCUUUUCUUUGGUGUUUAUGGAAUUCCUAUUGCGAUGUCACUAAAACUAAAGCAGGAUAAAAUAUUAAAAAUAAGGUGACAAGAAUCAAAAAGAUGCCCGACUACAAACUAGACUCGGUGCCAAGCAAACUGCUGUCGGGGCUGUCCACUCAGCGCCGGACAGGCAAGUUCUGCGACGUGAAAAUCCACAUCGGCAGCUGCUGUGUAUGGGCGCACACCUGCGUGCUGAGCAUCUCCAGCCCUCGGCUGUUGGAAUUCUUCGUCAACCCGGACACGGUGGUUGGCAGCCGCAACAAACAGAGCCGCAAGCACCCGAACGCGUACAAGAAUUGGUCCCUCAACCGGCCGCUGGAGAUUUUCAUUUCAGACCUGGCCGAGGAGGAGCACGCAGAGCCGGUCGAGUGCUUUGAGUGUCUGGACAAGGUCGUCGACUUCCUGUACAGCGGACAGAUCGCGGUCGGAGGCCCGGAACACGUGGACCACGUCGAGGGCCUCGGCAAGCUGCUGCGAAUCGUGGCACUGGAGAAAGUGUGCCAGGAGGAGCGGGACAAACUUGUCGCUCUUGAGGCGCCUGAGGAGGAAUUCGCGGAAGCGUCUGCAGCCAAGGAAACGUGCAAGAAGCUGCUUCCUGGAAGCAAACCCUAUAGAUGUCUCGCGUGCGGAUCGAAGCAGAGGACUGCGGCUGCCCUUUUGCAGCACCUCAGGGAUCCGUCGCACCAGAAUACUAGUCUCGAGUGCUCCAUCUGUCUCAGGUACACAGCAAAGUCAGAGCUGGAGCUGCGGUCGCACCUCGACCUGCACGAGCACGCGUUGCCCUUCUUCUGCGCCAGCUGUGACGCCCGGUUCCGCACGCGGGCGGCCCUCUCGUCGCACGAGCCGCGCCACUCGGUGCAGACGCCCUUCGUGUGCGGCAAGUGCGGAAAAGGCUUCAAGUGGAAGCACGCCCUGCACAACCACGAGCUGGUGCACUCAGACGUGAAACGCCACUUGUGCGACAUCUGCGGUUUCACCACGGCGCACGGCAGCACCUUCAAGGCGCACAACAUGGUGCACGCAGGGGUCUGCUUUAAGUGUCCGGUGGCCGGGUGCCAGUUCGUCGCCACCAGGAAGCAGACCCUGAUGCAGCACAUACCCACCCACACCAACCAGCGGCAGUACCAGUGCGAGAUAUGCGGUCAAAGUUUUUCGAUGCACAAGAAUCUGCGGCGGCACGCAGCAAAGCACGAGCCAUCCCCCGAAGGCCUGAAGAGCUGCCCCGUGCCUGGCUGUUCGUACUCCAACACCCGACUGGACAAAAUAAAAGCGCACGCUGAGAGACACAAGUCGGGCAAACCAGUGCGGACUACCCUGAUACCGCGAGUGCGUCAGUCCAAGACUCAGAAAAAGAAAGAAGUGUCCAGUAUUGCUGUUAUAAAUCAGUCAACAGAGCCGCACGUGGAUAAUAAUGUGGUGUUUGUUAUUCCUAUGGAAGUGAUUGUCGAGGACGUGAAUGUUCAAAACGAAGAGGCUGUGACGGGAUUUUGACUUUAUUAUGCAAUAAAUUCAACUUGGUCGGCAAAACAGUUUUAAGUAAAUUAUCAAUUCAAAAAAUGUAUUUAAAAAAACUAAAUCUAAUGAGUUGGCUGUGGAUAUUCAUCGGGGCUCAGCACCUCUAGCCACGUCUGAAUCAGUCUUGUCAAUUUAUCUGCAACGAAUAAGAAUUAAAAUACA